UCCCUCCUCCUCUCACUAGUCCCUCCUCCUCCAGCCCAGCCUCCCAUCGUCCCGAACCGCGCGAGCUAGACGUCUGGGCAGCCCCAAAGCUGCGAGCAGUAGCCUUCCUCCGCUUCCUUCACAGUGCGUUAGCCCCCGGGCUGGCCAGGGCGCCUGCAGUGUGUCCCGGAGGCCACCGCCUCCCAGGCCGACGACAGUUCACCUGGACGGGCGCCUGAGUUCCAGGUCGCGUCGCUGCCGACGCAGUCGCCGCGCAGCCCGUGGGACUCCGUCUGAACCGGAUUAAUCCCGGAGAGCCCGAAGGCAGCCUCUCCUGGGCAGAGAUGCGACCCUCGGGGACUACGGGAACCGCGCUGCUGUUGCUACUGGCCGCGCUCUGCGCCGCAGGUGGGGCCCUGGAGGAAAAGAAAGUUUGUCAAGGCACGAGUAACAGACUCACCCAACUUGGCACUUUCGAAGACCACUUUCUGAGCCUGCAGAGGAUGUUCAACAACUGUGAAGUGGUCCUUGGGAACUUGGAAAUAACCUACGUGCAAAAGAAUUAUGACCUUUCCUUCUUAAAGACCAUCCAGGAGGUGGCUGGCUAUGUGCUCAUUGCUCUCAACACCGUGGAGAAGAUCCCUCUGGAGAACCUGCAGAUCAUCAGGGGGAACACUCUAUAUGAGAACACCUAUGCCUUAGCUGUCCUGUCCAACUAUGGGGAAAACAAAACUGGUCUUAGAGAACUGCCCAUGCGGAACUUACAGGAAAUCCUGACCGGCGCUGUGCGAUUCAGCAACAACCCCAUCCUCUGCUACGUGGAUACCAUCCAGUGGAGGGACAUCGUGCAGGAUGUCUUUCUGAGCAACAUGUCAAUGGAAUCACAAAACCAGCCGAGAAGCUGCCAAAAAUGUGAUCCGGGCUGUCCGAAUGGAAGUUGCUGGGGAGGAGGAGAAGAGAACUGCCAGAAAUUGACCAAAAUCAUCUGUGCCCAGCAAUGUUCCCGGCGUUGUCGUGGCAGGUCCCCCAGUGACUGCUGCCACAACCAGUGCGCCGCUGGGUGUACGGGGCCCAGAGAGAGUGACUGUCUGGUCUGCCACAGGUUCCGAGACGAAGCCACAUGCAAAGACACCUGCCCACCGCUGAUGCUGUACAACCCCACCACCUACCAGAUGGAUGUCAACCCGGAAGGGAAGUACAGCUUUGGAGCCACCUGUGUGAAGAAAUGCCCCCGAAACUACGUGGUGACAGAUCACGGCUCGUGUGUCCGGGCCUGCGGUCCUGACUACUAUGAAGUGGAGGAAGACGGUGCUCGCAAGUGUAAAAAGUGUGACGGGCCCUGUCGCAAAGUUUGUAAUGGCAUAGGCAUUGGCGAAUUUAAAGACACGCUCUCCAUAAAUGCGACUAACAUCAAACACUUCAAAUACUGCACUGCCAUCAGCGGGGACCUUCAUAUCCUGCCAGUGGCCUUUAAGGGGGAUUCCUUCACACGGACCCCUCCUCUAGACCCACGGGAACUAGAUAUUCUAAAAACCGUAAAGGAAAUAACAGGGUUUUUGCUGAUUCAGGCUUGGCCUGAAAACUGGACAGACCUCCAUGCUUUUGAGAACCUAGAAAUCAUACGUGGCAGAACAAAGCAACACGGUCAGUUUUCUCUUGCGGUUGUUGGCCUGAACAUCACAUCAUUGGGAUUGCGUUCCCUCAAGGAAAUAAGUGAUGGAGACGUGGUCAUUUCUGGAAAUCGAAACUUGUGCUACGCAAAUACAAUAAACUGGAAAAAAUUCUUUGGGACUUCCAAUCAGAAAACCAAAAUCAUGACCAACAGAGCCCAGAAUGACUGCAAGGCCACAGGCCACGUCUGUAAUCCUCUGUGCUCCUCGGAAGGCUGCUGGGGCCCUUCGCCCAGGGAUUGUGUCUCCUGCCAGAACGUCAGCAGGGGCAGGGAGUGCGUGGAGAAGUGCAACGUCCUGGAGGGGGAGCCGAGGGAGUUUGUGGAGAAAUCUGAGUGCAUCCAGUGCCACCCAGAAUGUCUGCCCCAGGACAUGAACAUCACCUGUACAGGCCGGGGGCCAGACAACUGCAUCAAGUGUGCCCACUACAUUGACGGCCCACACUGUGUCAAGACCUGCCCAGCUGGGGUCAUGGGGGAGAACAGCACGCUGGUCUGGAAGUAUGCAGACGCCAACAAUGUCUGCCACCUCUGCCAUCCAAACUGUACCUAUGGAUGUACUGGGCCAGGUCUCCAAGGAUGCCCACUACCAAGGCCCAAGAUCCCAUCCAUUGCCAUUGGGAUUGUGGGUGGUCUUCUCUUCAUAGUUGUGGUGGCCCUUGGGAUUGGCCUAUUCAUGAGACGACGCCACAUUGUCCGAAAACGUACCCUACGCCGCCUACUUCAGGAGAGAGAGCUCGUGGAACCGCUCACACCCAGCGGAGAAGCUCCCAACCAAGCCCUCUUGAGGAUCUUAAAGGAAACAGAAUUCAAGAAGAUCAAAGUUCUGGGUUCCGGAGCAUUUGGCACAGUGUAUAAGGGUCUCUGGGUUCCAGAAGGUGAGAAGGUCAAAAUCCCUGUGGCCAUCAAGGAGUUAAGAGAAGCCACGUCUCCAAAAGCCAACAAGGAAAUCCUUGAUGAAGCGUAUGUGAUGGCCAGUGUGGACAACCCUCAUGUGUGCCGCCUCCUGGGCAUCUGCCUGACCUCCACCAUCCAGCUCGUCACACAGCUGAUGCCCUAUGGCUGCCUCCUGGACUAUGUCCGAGAGCACAAGGACAACAUCGGCUCUCAGUACCUACUCAACUGGUGUGUACAGAUUGCAAAGGGCAUGAACUAUCUGGAAGAUCGGCGCUUGGUGCACCGUGACUUGGCAGCCAGGAAUGUCCUGGUGAAGACCCCACAGCAUGUCAAGAUCACAGAUUUUGGGCUGGCCAAACUGCUCGGUGCUGACGAGAAAGAAUACCAUGCCGAGGGAGGCAAAGUGCCGAUCAAGUGGAUGGCCUUGGAAUCAAUUUUACACCGAAUUUAUACACACCAAAGUGACGUCUGGAGCUAUGGAGUCACUGUGUGGGAACUGAUGACCUUUGGGUCCAAGCCUUAUGAUGCAAUCCCUGCUAGUGAGAUCUCAUCCAUCCUGGAGAAAGGAGAACGCCUUCCACAGCCGCCUAUCUGCACCAUUGAUGUCUACAUGAUCAUGGUCAAGUGCUGGAUGAUAGAUGCCGAUAGCCGCCCAAAGUUCCGAGAGUUGAUUCUCGAAUUCUCCAAAAUGGCCCGAGACCCCCAGCGCUACCUUGUUAUCCAGGGGGAUGAAAGGAUGCACUUGCCCAGCCCAACAGACUCCAACUUUUACCGAGCCCUGAUGGAUGAAGAGGACAUGGAAGAUGUGAUUGAUGCUGACGAGUACCUCAUUCCACAGCAAGGCUUCUUCAACAGCCCAUCCACAUCUCGGACUCCCCUCUUGAGUUCUCUGAGUGCAACCAGCAACAAUUCCACUGUGGCAUGCAUUAAUAGAAAUGGGCAGAGCUGUCGUCUCAAGGAAGACAGCUUCUUGCAGCGGUACAGCUCCGACCCCACUGGUGCCUUAACGGAGGACAGCCUAGACGACACUUUCCUCCCUGCACCGGAAUAUAUAAACCAGUCUGUCCCCAAAAGGCCAGCAGGCUCUGUACAGAACCCUGUCUAUCACAAUCAGCCCCUGCAUCCAGCAGCUGGCAGGGACCUGCAUUAUCAAAAUCCCCAUAGCAACGCCGUGGGCAACCCUGAGUAUCUCAACACUGUCCAGCCUACCUGUGUCAGCGGUGGAUUUGACAGCCCUGCCCUCUGGGCUCCCAAGGGCAGCCAUCAAAUGAGCCUGGACAACCCUGAUUACCAGCAGGACUUCUUUCCCCAGGAAGCCAGGCCAAACGGCAUCUAUAAGGGCCCCACGGCUGAAAAUGCCGAAUAUCUACGCGUAGCACCAACAAGCACUGAGUUUAUUGGAGCCUGACAUGGAGGGGUGUCACACCGGCUAUAAAAUCUCCAGACUUAUCAUUACCCCAGGACCAAGCCAUGGCAGCACCUCCAAACAGCCAUGCCCAUGUUGUGCCAAAUGUCAGACCCUCGGACUGGUUUGCAACAGUAACUUUGAUGGGCUCUGUCUUUGAGCUGAGCAAUGGGCCCCUCCCCUGACGCGCUUUGGGAAGUUGAAGGUACAUUUUUUUUAAUCCUUCAAACUGUGAAGAUUCUACAAAAAGGCAUCCAUCAUGAAUGUAGUCCAUUGGGACGGAAGUUUACCUCAUGGUGAGGUGCACGGGGAAGAAAACACACAUUUGGAGAUUUGCUGCACAGGGACCUUUGGAUUCUUAUUUUCUUUAUUGAUUUGAUUCAUGGGCUCUUCCAAGAAGGAAGGCGCUUACUUGCGGUAUGUAUUACACAGAGUUGCCCGGUGCCAACUGUGACCAGUUGAUUCCACAAGCUCUGCUUCAAGACAUUUCUGUGGCAAGACAACUACAUAUACAAGAAGGCCUGCAUGCCUUGAGCAGACCACACUUGUACAACCUUAAACCAUAGCAGGUACAAUAGGAUAAGCCACUUUGUUACUUCCUGGGGCUGGGAGAAGGAGGAGGAAGGGGUAGAAGUUCCCCCUCAGACUUGCUUUUGUAUGAAUCUGUCCCUGGUACUUACACCGCUGGCUUACUGGUGACUUCUGGCUAUCAGGCCUCCUUGACCUCCUUGUGUUUUCUGUUUCACUGUUUUGAGCUGUAAUAGGCAUUCCCGUCUUGAUUUUGUAAAGUCAACAAGAAACAGUAUUAUCAGAACAACCAUGACUCCACAUCUGUGCGCUAACCAAAGGCCUUUAAUUCACACUUCACAGAGGAAUAUAACCCAAAAAUUUAGUCUCGGCAUCAGGCCUGUUGAAGCAUGUCUCAUGAGACUACAGAAAUGGCAAUGCUCUUCAAAUCCCCUUUGCCUUCACCCCUCUACACUCCGAAAUCAUCAUAAACCACACAAGAAGAAUCCUUUUUGUAUUUUUAUAAGUGUUUACUGGAGAUGUGUAAGUGGCAAAUUGUCACCAAAGUUUUCUUUCCCUUUGAGAGAAAUUAUCUAAGCUACUCCAUAGUAAGUGGCAACCCAAGGUAAGCUCCGUAUGCACGUUCCGAGAGAAAGAAUGUUAAGAAUUGAGUGGAACUCAAGUGGCAAACUUGCAAUAGGAGUUUGCAAGCCACAACAAUGCUUCCAUGGAUGCUUCUGGGAAGAAACCCAUCUCAAAGUAAUCCCACUGUCAUUGGUACAUCCAGCUCCUCAAGGUCUCAAUGUUGGUUCUUAAUUUGCUCUUCCUUGCAGCCCGGUUCGUUAAUAUCUGUCUUUGGUAAACACUACUUUAAUGCUCUUGGUAUCCAUCCCUUCCCAUUUAUCAAGGGGUGGAUAGGAAUGGCCUUAUAAACACUAAUCCUAAAGCAAAAUAAUGAAUGCCAGGCAAGUUGUCUGAGCCAGGCACCAAAAGCACAGAGCAGAGAUGGUGCAUUCUGUGUGGGAAGAUCUAGAAAGUUCACAGCGGAGAUAAUAUUACCAUUAUCUUCUGAGAUUAAAAAAAAAGUCUUAAACACUAGCAAAAUGAAAAGUAUGUUUCCUUAGAGAAUUCAGCCAAGAGAGCAACGACGGGAAAGCUCUACUAAGUAAGUCAGGUCCAAGGCCAAGCCAAUCAUCGCCCUGCUCCCUCAAGCAUGAGGCUUGCAGCAUCCUGAGUUUCCUAACUAUUGUCCACUCCUGGCAAUGUCAGGCUGUCAUUCAUGAAAAUAAGUAGUUAGAACACUAAGCAGCAUUUCCAGAGACGGACAUUCCAUGCCAUUCCAUGCCAGAAUAUGCCACGUCGAUCGUUGAUCCACCAGGAAGGCAGAGGAAACAUUUAGCCAGGUGUUUGUUCAAAACUGAAAUUCAAAAUGACCCUGUCACUUGUCAGGGGCAGGCGAUUGGUGAGGGAAAGCAGGAGAAAGCCAGUCAAAUUGUAGCAAUGAAAUCUUAGUAUUUUUGUACUUUGAAACACUUUUCUUAUAACAAAAUAAAGUAGCAAAAACCUUUCAAA